GCCCGGGUGCCCACGUCCAGGCUCUCACUCCCUGAGGUAUUUCGACGCCGUCAUGGCCUCCCCGGGGCUCGCGGAGCCGCGGUAUAUCGCCGUGGGCUACGUGGACGAUCAGCAGUUCGUGCGCUUCGACAGCGACAGCAAGAGUCAGAGGAUGGAGCCGCGGGCGGCGUGGAUGGAGCGGAUGGACCGGGAGGAGCCGGGCUACUGGGAGCGGAACACGCGGAACGCCAGGCAGAACGCACAGGCUUCCCCAGCGGCCCUGCGGAACCUGCGGGGCUACUUCAACCAGAGCGAGGGCGGGGUCCACACCAUCCAGAGCAUGUACGGCUGCGAGGUCUCCCCGGAGCUCACCUUCCAGCGCGGGUUUUUCCAAUUCGCCUACGACGGGCGGGACUACAUCGCCCUGGACACGGAGACCUCCACGUGGACGGCGGCGGUGCCGCAGGCUGUGAACUCCAAGCGCAAGAUGGAGGCGGACGGGGGCUACACGGAGAGAAUGAAAGCCUACCUGGAGGAGGAGUGCGUGAUGUGGGUGAAGAAGUACCUGGAGAUGGGGAAGGAGACGCUGCAGCGGGCAGGUACCCCCCUCCCAGUGUGCGCGGCACUCAGGGCCCCCGCUCCCCUGCAGCCCCAGCCCCGGGCUCCCG